AUGGCCAGAGCGAGGAGCGGAUCGUUCUCUGAACAGAUGAUGGACAUGGAGGAGGUCCUCGUGUCGGAGGGUGCCAUCGAGGCCCGCGUUCGUCAGCUCGCGGAGCAGAUUAACAAGGAGUACAAGGGAAAGAGCAUCGUCGUGAUUGGCAUCCUCAAGGGUUCCGUCAUGUUCAUGACCGACCUUGUCAAGCGCCUGCACGUCGACGCCAAGAUCGAAUUCAUGGCCGUCUCGUCGUACGGCUCGUCCACCGUCUCUUCGGGUGCCGUCAAGAUCGUGAUGGACACCAGGACCUCCAUCGAGGGUCAGCACGUUGUCGUCGUGGAGGACAUCGUGGACAGCGGCUACACGAUGCGCUACCUGAAGAACCUUCUGCUCUCCCGCAAGCCCGCCUCGCUGGAGAUCUGCGUCCUGCUUGAGAAGCCCUCGCGCUUGAAGGUUGCUCCGGAGGAGCUCGGUAUCAAGUACAUCGGUUUCGAGAUUCCAGACAAGUGGGUCGUGGGCUAUGGCAUGGACUACGACGAGCGCUACAGGUGCCUGCCCUUCAUCGGCGUCCUCAAGAGGUCCGUCUACGACUCCACCUUCGUCGUCGAGGCCGAGGCCACCAACUCGCAGUAG